AGAAUGCCGACUCUCUCUUGACCAUCGCUGCCCCAGGUUAUAUUACAGCACUUUGACCAACAACUAAACCAGCAAACAGCAGCCAGACACAACCACCGCCGACGUACAAAACAUAGCACGAAUCCUUUCAACCCAUUUUUCUUCCCCGCGAACUCUUCCUCCAAACAGCCAUACUAUGGACGUCCAGUUUGAAAAGGCGAUUGAGAUCGCCUUUGAUCCUCGUUCCAGUCAUGCCUUGAAGUCCCAGGCGCUCGAGUUCCUCAACCAAGUCAGGACCGACGUCCAAGCAUGGCGUAUCUGCGCCGCGCUCUUCACGCGAAGCCCCAGAGCAUCCGACAUCGUCCGCCAUGUCUCCCUUGAAAUGGUCAAUAACGCCGUUCACUCUCAAGGGCUGGACGCCCCCGAUCUCGCCUUUGUGAAAAAUUCUCUACUCGACUAUAUCACACGCACAUAUGGUCCUAACGCUCAGGACCAAGCCGACCCUGCGAACGUUCAGAACAAGCUCACACAAACCCUCACGUAUCUCUUUGUCGCUCUUUACGGCGAAGGCUGGGAAACCUUUUUCGACGACUUCCUUGCCUUGACCAGCUCCCAGAAUGGUGCUUCAAGAGACAACCUCAGCGGCGUUAUGCUGUACCUCCGCAUACUAAGCUCCGUCCAUGACGAAAUCGCCGACCUUAUGAUCAGCCGUCAGGGAAACGAGUCGAAGAGGAACAACGAUCUCAAAGAUCUAAUUCGAGAACGGCAUAUGCAGAAGAUUGCCAUGUCGUGGCAGGAUAUCCUCGCUCAGUGGACAAAUAAGCAUGAUGGCGUGGUAGAGUUGACGCUUAAGGUGAUUGGGAAAUGGGUCAGCUGGAUCGAUAUUUCCCUUGUCGUCAGUCAGGACAUGCAGAACUUGAUCUUGCCCUUGGUCGGCAGAGUUAACAACACGAGCAACAAUAUUGAUACCGUGAGGGACACCGCCAUUGAUACGUUGACGGAGAUUGUCGCCAAGAAGAUGGGACCGAGCCACAAGAUGGAGCUGAUAUCGUUCCUCAACCUCGGUGGCAUCAUCACAGAACUGCUUGCAAGCCAAGGACUGCACGAGUUCAAGGGCACCUCUCGUUACGACAAUGACCUCGCAGAAGUCGUUGCGAAGCUCCUCAACACCAUCAUGACGGACGUAGUACGGGUUCUGGAGGACAACAAAGUCGACGCCGAGACCCGAGCAAAGGCCGAACGUCACCUUCAGGAUUUCCUGCCGGCCCUUCUCCGUCUAUUUUCAGAUGAAUUUGACGAAGUGUGCUCGACGGUUAUCCCUUCGCUCACCGACCUUCUGACGUUCCUUCGUAGGGUCGGGACACUCCCUGACAGUUAUUCUCAAAUGCUUCGCCCUAUUUUGAGUGCCAUUGUUGCCAAGAUGAGAUACGACGAGACUUCUUCCUGGGGCACUGAGGAUGGAGAGAGCGAUGAGGCCGAGUUUCAGGAGCUCCGAAAAAGGCUACAGAUUCUUCAAAAGAGCGUGGCUGCCGUUGACCAGACUCUAUAUAUCGAAUUCUUGAGUAACCUUGUGGGCAACAUGUUCGCAACGCUGGAGCAGCAAGGCCCACAAAUGGACUGGAGGGAUUUGGAUUUGGCCCUGCACGAGAUCUACCUGUUCGGCGAGCUUGCUCUGCCAAACGCCGGGCUUGCUCACAAAAGCGAACCUAAUGUCGUUGCUACCGAGCGUCUUGCUGUCAUGAUGAGCAAGAUGGUUGAGUCUGGCAUCGCAAACUUCCCCCAUCCUGCUAUUCUUCUUCAGUACAUGGAGAUUUGCGUGCGCUACCAUGCGUUCUUCGAGUCACACCGCCAAUACAUUGCUCCCGUGCUGGAGAAUUUUGUACACCUUAUCCAUCACGAGCACCCUAGAGUUAGGACCAGGUCCUGGUAUCUUUUCCUUCGGUUUGUGAAGCAGCUGAGAGCCCAAGUGGGCAAUGUGGCGAAGACUGUUAUUCAGUCGAUCAGCGACCUUUUGCCUAUCAAGGCCGAGGUGCCGAGCACUGAAGCGGAGGACGAUAUGUCCUCGGAUGAGUCUGAUCACUCCGCCGACGCCAUCUUCAACGGUCAGCUGUACCUUUUCGAGGCCAUCGGCUGCAUUUCAUCUACCUCCACCACACCGGAGGCUGAUCAGGCUCUCUAUGCUCGCUCGGUCAUGGAACCUCUGUUCUCCGAUAUGAGCGUACAUCUGCCCCGUGCAAAGUCUGGCGAUGCGCAGGCCAUCCUCCAAAUUCACCAUAUCAUCAUGGCCCUUGGCACCCUAGCCAACGGUUUUGCCGACCCGAACCAGUCACAGAACCCCAACAACCAGCGUACGCCACCACAAGCCGUCUCUGCAGAGUUCUCCAGGGCGUCUGAGGCAAUCCUGGUUGCUCUUAAUGAGCUUAAUACCAAUGGGGAAAUCCGUGCCGCAUGCCGUUCCGCCUUUUCCCGUCUUCUUGGUGUACUCGGGGCUACCAUUCUCCCACAACUGCCCCAGUGGAUCGAAGGGCUCCUUUCCCAAAGCUCCAGUAAGGACGAGAUGGCGUUCUUCCUUCGCCUACUGGAGCAGAUCGUCUAUAACUUCAAGGGCGAGAUCUAUAACAUCCUCGACCUCCUUCUCACCCCGCUUCUCCAGCGUGUGUUCGCCGGUCUCUCUGAACCCAUCAACGGAACCGAUGACGAGAUCCAGCUGCAGGAGCUGCGUCGCGAGUACGUGUCGUUCGUACAGGUUAUCCUGAUCAACGAUCUUGGCGGCGUUCUCGUAAGCACAUCCAACCAGGGUGUCUUCGAAUCCCUCGUGAACUCCAUCAUGACUAUUGCCAAGACCAUUGUUCACGGUAACAUCGUGGCCAGUCGCAUUAGCUUCAAUGUGCUUGCGCGGAUGGCUCAACAGUGGGGUGGUCCUGACGCCGCUACCAUCGGCGAGAACCCUACCGCCAACGGAGUGCCCGCGCCCGCUUUCCCGGGAUUCGACCAGUUCAUGCUCACCCAGUUCCACGCUGCGUGCUGGGAAGUCAUGCAGGACAUUAACUUCAGACCUUAUGCCGAUGCUCAAACACGGCAAAUCCUGAACGAAAUUACCGGUCUAGAGCAAAUCAUCUACCUCAAGACGGGCGAGAAGUUCAUCAAUCACUGUCAGACGGUUACGUUCCCGGCCGUUGGCAUGGGUGCCGAGGACUUCUUGCGUGCGCUCACUAGCUCAACGGACCGCAAGGCCGUGAUGGCUUACUUGCAGCAAUUGCUCAAGAGCCGGCGAUAGAGUCGC